UCAUCAACCGGAUUGGUCUUUCGAGAAGAGCUCGUUUAUCAGUUUAAUGUGUGUAGUGUCUACGAUUUGGAAAUUCAGCAGCAGCAGCAGCAGCAGCAGAGUUAA